GUUGACCGACGGAUGGACGACGGCCCAUCAGCAGAAAAAAAAACAUCAUGUGAAGAAAAAGUACAUAAAAAGGGACACGGAGAGCAAAGUUGCGAGGGUGAGAACUUACUCACAGGUCUCACCACUAACGAGUCAGCGUCCCCUACGGCUCGGUAGGGAGCGAAUGGACAGAUCGGUAGAGGAGCAGGACUGCAGUCUCACCCACGGUAGAAGACACUUAUACCAUGCCGACAAAUGAAGGCCCUGGCCGAUUCCCGGUCUUUGUGGCCCCACCUCACGGCAACCCUCAGAGGUCUCCAGGUUAUGUCCCCGGGCGAGUGGCUCCAGUCCGCUCGCCACCACCUGCCAAAGCUCCACCACCUCCACCAAUUAAACCUCACGGCCUUCGACUGGAGCGCCAAGCCACUUUCAGCGUGUCAGAGGAAAACCAGCGUAGAGAGCGUGCCAGGAGCCUCAAGCAAAGAAAGAACACAUUUAUCUGUUUUGGUGUAUCUAUCGGGGCUUUCUUCCUCACCCUCGUCCUUGCUCUUAGUCUCUCUAGUGGAGAUGUGUUGGAUGAGAAUUGUCCAGACCAUGACCUUACCCUAAGCACCUGGAACCCAGGCCACCAACCAGAGAAAGCUCUUGUUGUCAGGAGAGGACAUUUGUUUCGAUUAGAUGCUUCGGCCACCUUCCAUUCACUCACCAUCCAGUCAGGAGGUCGGGUAGUUUUUGCAGACAAUAAAGACGGCUCCAAAAACAUAACCUUGAGAACACGGCACAUCCUUAUUGAAGCUGGUGGAGCCCUUCACAUUGGUGCUCCAAAAUGUCGCUACCGCUCUCGCGGCACCAUCACCCUUGUGGGUCGCUCUGAUGACAAAGGAGUCCCUGAAGUGCCUGGCCUGGGCCGCAAGUUCAUUGGCGUCAUGAGUGGUGGGACUCUGGAGCUGCACGGUACCGAGAGCGUUUCCUGGACCCUGAUGACCAGAAGCAUCCCAGCCUCCGGUCUGGUCACUGGAGGUUACGCCUUCCAGAGGAACUUCAGCCGAGGCAUUAACUUGCGUGUGGUUGACCAGGACACGGCUGCUGUGUUGUUGACCGAGCGCUACGACACGCAUGAGUCUCGUAAUGACAGUCGACGGCUCACACAGCUGCUGCAGUCUUUGCCUGAUGGCCGUAUUGUCACGCUGGCUGUUGGUGACUCAGCUGUUAAAAAUCUUCUGGAUGAAACGAAGAAGGCCAUCGAAGACAGGCUGGGCAGCAGCUUUGUCUAUGAUCUCAAAUACCGACAGGCGUGGGCUUUGGUCUCAGUGGUAGGCGGUGGUAACGUGUCAUGCUCGGAGGACGUAAAGGAACAUGAAAACCACGACACUGGAGGAAAGGCACUGGCAAGACAAAACUUUACUACUUUGGAUGGAGUGGGCUUCGCUGUCACCGCCUACAGCGAGUGGAAGAAUGGUUUCCCAAUAUCAGGGUUCCAGGUGGAUGCUGUGGACCAGGUGUUGCUGAACCUGCAGGAUGAAGUGCAGCCAAGCUGGAAGCCUGGGCAUCAGAUUGUAGUUGCCAGCACAGAUUACUCCAUGCAUCAGGCUGAAGAGUUCACCUUGCUGCCAUGCCCCAACUGCACCAGCAGGCAGAUCAGGAUACAAGGGAAACCACAGUACAAUCACGUUGGAGAGAUCUUAGACGGGGUUGACAUGCGUGCUGAAGUGGCUCUUCUCUCCAGGAACAUUUUGAUCUAUGGAGAAAUGGAAAACUCUUGCUACGGAAACAACAAGUGCCAGUUCUACAACCAUGACACCUUUGGAGGCCACAUCAAGAUCUUUGGCAACUUUUCAUCAGUGCAUCUGUCCCAUGUGGAGCUAAAGAAUAUGGGGCAGCAGGCUGAAACCGGGCGCUACCCUCUCCACUUCCACAUGUGCAGGGAUGUGGACAAGAAGGGAGGCUACUGGGAGCCCACCUAUGUGGACGGACUCUCCAUACACCACUCCUUCUCCCGCUGCCUCACCAUCCAUGCCACCAACGGCUUACUGGUGAAGAACACUGUAGGCUAUGACACCCUGGGUCACUGUUUCUUCCUUGAGGAUGGGAUUGAGCAGCGUAACACUCUGUACCACAACCUUGGUCUGUUGACUCGACCUGGGACUCUACUGCCAACUGACCGCAAUGACACACUCUGCACCAGCAUCAAGGACAAAGUCUACCCAGGCUACACUCCUUCACCCAGCACAGAGUGCAAGGCAGUUUCCACCUUCUGGAUCGCCAACCCCAACAACAAUCUCAUCAGCAAUGCAGCUGCUGGUUCUCAGGAUGCUGGCAUAUGGUUUGUGUUCCACAGCUCUUCCACCGGAGACUCUCACGGGCUGGUACCAGAGACCAAGGCAGAGCUCACCCCUCUGGGGAUUUUUUACAACAACCGUGUACACUCCAACUUUAAGGCAGGACUGUUCAUUGAUAAAGGGGUGAAGACCACCAAUGCUAGUGCUGCUGACCAACGGGAGUACCUGUGUCUAGAUAACAGUGCCAGAUUCAGACCACAUCAGAAUGCCGACCCAAGCCUUCCCCGGGUGGCGGCAAUCAUCGACUCUCUGAUCUCCUUCAAGAACAACGACUUAGGAGCGUGGAUACGAGGAGGAGACAUUGUCAUUGAGAACUCUGGCUUUGCAGACAAUGGAGUAGGAUUAUCAUUUGCUAGCGAUGGCAGCUAUCCAAAGGAUGAAGGUUCCAGUCAGGAGGUGAAGCAGUCUCUGUGGGAGAAAGCCGAAACAGGGACAAAUGGAGGUCAGAAUAAAUACUGGGGCCCAGGAGGAGCUGAUGCAAAAAUGAGAACGCUACCUAGAAACAGGACAUUCCCUAUCCGAGGUUUCCAGAUCUAUGAUGGACCUGUGCGGCUUACAGAGAGUACAUUUCGUGGGUACAUCCCCACACCUGAGCGUUAUACCAGUGCAGUGGGAUUCAACCUGAAGAACACCUGGCAGCUCACCCCACAAAACAACCUGUCCCAGCUCAACUUCCACUCCACGGUGGGUCUGCGAACCUUCUUUGGUCGCCCCGGGCAGUGGUUUGAAGAGAACGACCUGGAUGGUGACAAAAACUCCAUCUUUCAUGAUGUGGAUGGGUCAGUAACAGGCUACACAGACACCUACGUUGGCAGAGCAGACAAUUACCUGAUCCAACAUCCCAGCUGUGUGAACAUGUCCCAGUGGAGUGGAGUUAUCUGCAGCGGCCGCUACUCUCAGGUGUAUAUUCAGACCCAGGGAGCCUCCAGCCUCAGUUUAUCCAUUAGCAGAGAUGAAUAUCCGUAUGCUCCACUGGUUCUGAGGGGAAUUAACAGCCAGGGGGCAACCUCUCAGCAGUACCAGCCAAUUUUGAUGAUGAGUAAGAGCUACACUCUGCACUGGAGUGGACCUGCAACCAGAGAGAUUGUCUCUCUUAUCAACUUUGACAAAGAGGACUGGGUGCUGGCAGGACUCUGCUACCCAUCAGACACCACAUUCCAGAUCAUGGCUGACAUCUAUGAUAGGCAAAGCAACACCUUUGAUGACAUUACAGACUACGGCACUGUGUCAUCGCUUGCAGAGCUGGAGAAGAGGCCGAUGGAGAGGAAGUACUACUUUGAUCAAAGUGUUGGCUUGUUGUGGCUUUACCUCCGGGCCCGGCAUGGUCGUGAUGGUCACAGCUAUUGUUCCUUUAAAGGUUGUGAGAGAGUGAAAGUCAUGGCCACCACGUCCUCCAAACAGACGUGUAACUGCACAGCUAAGGCCUACCCCAAGUACUCCAAAACUCCCACUGCAGUGGUGCCUAUGCCACCUUUAAACAAAGAGCCCUGCAAAGGCUGUGGUGCUAAACAGCUUGUGUUUUCUAGUGAGCCUUGGACGUCCUACCUCCAGACACAAAUCAAGUCUCUCAGCAGCAAAGAGCAGCAGAGAGGAGAUAAGAGCUCUUUUAUCACUGUGAAUGAGGUGACCAUGCCCUUUUCUCAGCCUGGCUUUUUCAUCGUCGAAGUGGAUGCCUGCUCGGGGAAAGUUACUAAAAAAUCCUCAUUUGCUAAAAUGGAUGCCAAGAUGGAACAGUACCUUAAAACUGGAAUACCAAAAAGGUCCAUAGUCCUGAUGGCAACACGAGGUCAACCACAAGGCCUGGUGGGUGUAGCACCAUAUCUGGUUUCCCUUGGUUUGGCCACUGCUGAUCUGCAGAAUAAAGAGAGUCUGGCACUUUGGGGGUUCCAGGGUGGUUCUUCAACCCCUCCGUGGGUCUCGCUACAAGCCGGGCAGGGGGAUGAGGUCCUUGGGCUGCAGGAGCGGUACUUGCCUCUGGGAUUGGAGGCAUACGGCUGUACGCCACCUACAGCUCAAAAGAGAAAAGAUCUGGAGCUUCUCAAAAAAGCUAUGGAACAACAAUGACCAAUGUGAACUAUACAACUUAACUACCCAAACACUCUUGCACAGAGACACACAACACACAACCAGCUGAUGAAUGUGAACUGCUGAACCUUUAAUUUAUUAACAAUGGCAAUGAUGUUUACCGAUUUCAAGUGGAAAGAAGGUAUUUUAUUUUGAAUGGGGUGAGUAUUUUUGUAAAACUUGCGUGUUUGUGUGUGUGUGUAUGUGGAAGUAUGCCUUGGGGCUGUUGAGUCAAUGCACUUUCCUUUUAAAGACACAACUUGCCUUAUCAGCCAAAGUGAUCGAUGGAGCUGUACAGUAACUUGGUUGUUUAUCUUUGACAACAAAACAAAACAAACCCAAAGCAAUCCUGAACAUCUUCCUUCCUACCUUAUUUAUUACAAAGCAAAUGAAAGCAGAAUGAAAUGGAUUGAGGCUGAUUAAAGAACAGAAGGCAUUAGAGACACACAGAACAGAAGGAAGUGAUGAGAAUGAAUUGCAUCGUCCUUUAAAUGAGACGGUCUCAGACUGGAACUGAAAAUCAAACUAAAUGGAUUAGCUGUGCUAUAAUUAAAGGGAAAUAAAGACAAUAAAGGCCAUUGCAUCUGAUACUGAAAUAGCAAUGCUAAGCCAAAAACUUUUGUGUAUUAUUGUGUAAACAGAGCCAGUGGGUUAGAUGUGUUAGCUAUCAUUAGUAAUUGGUACAAAAGUCCUAUGUUUCUUAAAGUCAUAACAAGCCAUAUUCCUGAUAUUUAAAUUAUGUAAGUUGUCAUACAAACCAAUUAAUGGAAGUAUACAGUUAGAAGUAUCUACCUUUCUUAAAACACAAAAAGGCACUUUCAUGAGAAAGUUAUAACAUAUAGGCUAGCACCUUUCACCAAAGCUUAUAUAAAUCUUUCAGACUUUUAAGUUGAAGUCUGUAACAUCUGAAUCUUUGACUGGAAAACCUCCUCGGAUCAUCGUGCAGCUGUUCAACCACAGACUUUAAGCACCUUUGUACGGAUUCCUACAUGGACUUACUGGACCCUUUUAUCUCAUUUAUAUCUGUCUCUCCCAGUGGUGAUGUCUCAAGUGCCAGCCACAUGUGCAGCACUGGGAUACACGUUUAUUACUAUUUUUUGUUUUGUUUUCUCAAACUGAGUUGAAUGUUCUUCUUUAUCUGCCUCAUUUAAUAUUUUUUCUUGUGCAUUAUUGCCAAAACCGUGUUUUAGAUAAAUCACAGGGUGCCUGUUGAGAGCUGACGCCCUGACUGCACAGUAGUGAGCUGCAUAAUGCAUACAGAUCAUAAAACAGCUGAAGGCUUCGUGUGGAGUCUUGGUGUUUAUCUUUGAAAGGGUGUUUGGUUGUGAGCAGGGCUCCCCCACUGCACGAUAAUAAGUACCUAUUUGUGACUGUGUAUGAGUGUGGGGUGACUUACUGUGUAUGACUGACCAUAUGAGACAUGAAAGAGAGAUCCUCUGGAGGACAAUGACCUUGUUGCCUUUUAACCACUCUACUGUCAAAAAGAGCAAAACAGAAACAUGUUUCCAAUCUUUGCUUUUCUUUACGCUUCUGAUGCACAACCAGAGUUCAUUUUUUAAUUUGGAGUGAGCUUUGUUAAUAAAGUGUUUUAUGUAAGUACUCAAAUGGUAUAUGUAUUGGAAAUGUCAAACAGGUUGUCUUUAGUGUUUUUACUGUCAAUUGACAAAAUGGCUGAUUCUCAAAUCAUAGAAACUUGGCUUGAUAUAAAUUACAGAUUGAAUAAAGUUGGUUGAUUUGUGAUAAAAUCA